AUGGCGAACACAACAGACUCAAAACCCCAUCUAGUAUUGUUAGCCAGCCUUGGAAUGGGCCACCUAAUCCCGAUCCUUGAACUCGACAAACGCUUAGUCACACACCACAACUUUGACAUAACCAUAUUUUUUGUUGCUUCUCAUUCUUCAGCAGCAGAAUCCCAAAUUAUCCAAUCAGCCAUGACUCCAAAACUCUGUGAAAUCAUUGAACUUCCACAGCCCGAUAUCUCUGGACUUGUCAGUCCUGAUGCUGCAGUUGUUACACAGAUUUGUGUUAUCAUGCGUGAAAUCAAGCCAGCUCUUCGGUCUACUAUAUCUGCUUUAUCAUUUCGUCCUACGGCCUUAAUUGUUGACUUAUUUGGAAGUUAA